AGAAGCCAACUUCGUAGAACUGAAAUUUUUUUAAGCUAGUACUAUAAUGCUCCUGUUGUGCUGUAGCUGACAACGGGGUUGUUUCCUGUUGUGUGGGCGCGCAGCAAGCCAGAGAGGAAGCUACAUGUACCUUGUUGCGCACUGGCGUGACUAGAAAGAACAGCUAGUGUACUGGUAUUUUAUAAUCGCAAUGUCCUAAUACCGGUACGGUAGUACUGACGAUGGGCUUGCACAGCCAACGCGAAGGAUCUUCCGCCUGACGGGGAACUGAUCCUGGCUUGGCAAGGAUUCGAUUCUGCUAGACCUGUACUGUACCGGUACCGCUACGUCAGGCCGAUUUACACUGCGGCAUACCGUACCGACCUGCUCUAAUACUGGUACCAGAACUGAUGCGAUGUGGCUGGUGCCGUAGUUACUGGCUAGGUGCGCCAACGAUCGAUUGUCCUCGACACCUCUUUGAGAUGCUGUUGCCGUUGAGCUGCUCGGACGUUCUUUUGGUGUUCUGAGCUACUUCGUUGUUUCACAAAACAGCCACUCAAGGAUAGAAGGUUCGGUGUUUCGACUUUGGCUCUGGCUGUGUGAAAUCCAUAUUGUCAAGCUACUCUAGCCAGGAUUGCAGUAAUCGAGCAUUCAUCAUGUGGUCAGGAAGGAUCCUUUUCCUCCUCUAUUGUUUCCCAUUUGCUCUGACUGAGGAACACAACCAUGUGCAUACCUUUCUUCGUGGCCUAAUCCCAGAAAAUGAGGUGCAGGGGAUCGUUGGAGGAUCGACCGCCAACAUUGCCAAUUCGCCUUGGUUUGUUCGUUUUGGCAACAGCCAAUGUGGGGGAUCCCUCAUCUCCGAGGAUCGUGUCUUGACGGCUGCACAUUGUGUAACGUGUGAAGCAGGAGGCCCACCAUCAACUGUAAGGGUCAUGGCAAGCACGGAAACAGAUGGUAUCACUGUGAAUGUCCAGGGCGCUCUCACACACCCUAACUACGAUGCUUCCAAAAGCCUCAAUGAUCUUGCUAUUUUGAAAUUGGCCAGUCCAGUCACUGGGGUGUCUUUCGUCACACUCAAUAGCAACCCGACCUAUCCCAGCACUAAAGCUCAGCAGCUCACCGUUGUUGGGAUGGGAGCUACAAUCACAGAUGGAGACCAGAAUAACGUGCUCAAGACUCUUCAAACAGAGUUUGUUGGGGACUUCAGUUGUGGUCUCCAAUGGGGUUUCUUCACAAGCGAAAAUGAGCAUCUGUGCACUGAAAUUGCAGGUGGCGGGGCUUGCAGCGGAGACUCUGGCGGUCCGCUUUUUGAUUCAAGUGGCGUACAGGUGGGAGUUGCCUCAUUUGUUGCAUCCAAAUGCGCCAGUAACAAACCCGAUGUGUUUACGCAAGUCAGCACAUACUAUAGCUGGAUCCAGGGACAGUUGACUGAUAACAGUCUCGACAACCUGGAGUGCCCUACACGCGGAUGUUGCCAGCUGGCAUACCUAUACAUCCGAUCCAAAAUUCGAAGUGGCAUGGCAUCUUUGUUCAGUGCGUUGCUUGGGGCAGAAUAAAACACCGCUGCCAAGCAUGCUCCUCAUGUACCAGCUUCUGUUGAUGAAUGGUGUCAAUCUCCAGCACCAAAACCAAUGACACCAAUGCAACGACUGUGCUAUUAUGCAAUACGUAGAAUCUUAAACACAGUAGUCUAUUCUUUGCAAAACAACAAUCCCAUACCGCCUUCAUGUACCGGUACUACUUUUAAUUUUUUUCCC